AUGGAUCAAUAUCUUCCAAAAGCCAAAGAAUUUAUUUCAUUCAUCGAUAAAUCACCAUCACCAUUCCACGCUGUUGCAUACUUUAGCGAUCUUUUAAAAAAGAAUGGUUUUGUUCAACUCUCUGAAAAACAAAUGUGGGAUGUUAAACCAAAUGGAAAAUAUUUCUUUACUCGUAAUCAAUCUAUGAUCUCUGCUUUUAUGGUUGGUGGUAAAUAUAAACCAGGUAAUGGUUUUAAUAUUUCAGCUGCCCAUACUGAUAGUCCAAAUUUUAAAGUUAGACCAGUUUCAAAUGUUGAAAAUGUUGGAUAUUUACAAGUUGGUGUUGAAACCUAUGGUGGUGGUUUAUGGUAUACAUGGUUUGAUCGUGAUUUAACCGUUGCAGGUAGAGUUAUUGUUAAAGUUGGUAAUGAUCAAUACGAAAGUAGAUUAGUUCACAUUAAUAAACCAAUUCUCAGAAUUCCAACAUUAGCUAUUCAUCUCGAUCGUAGUGUAAACACUGAUGGUUUCAAAUAUAACACACAAAAUCAUUUAGUACCAAUGAUUGCAUCAAAAUUAUCUGUUCCAGCCAGUGCCAAACCAGAAGACACCUCAUCCACCACCAAUAACAGUGGUGCCAAACAUCAUCCAAUUCUUUUAGAACUUUUAGCCAAAGAAUUAGGUUGUGCCGUCUCUGAUAUCCAAAACUUUGAUCUUUCAGUUGUCGACACCCAACCAGCUGCUAUUGGUGGCGGUUUUGACGAAUUUAUCUUUUCACCACGUUGUGAUAAUUUAGUCAUGUCAUAUUGUUCAGUUAAUGGUCUUUUAAAUGUCAAAGAAAGCACUUUAGCCAACGAAGAAAAUGUUUUAGCCGUCGUUCUUUACGAUAAUGAAGAAGUUGGUUCAUCAUCACCACAAGGUGCUUGUGCUCCAUUAAUCAAUGACACCAUCUCCCGUGUUAACACUGCUUUAUUCUCUGAACAAUUCAAAUCACACGAAUUAAACAAUUUCAUUGAUCUCUCCCUUCGUAAUAGUUUCCUCAUUUCCGCUGAUAUGGCUCAUGCUGUUCAUCCAAACUACAUCAACAAUCACGAACCACUCCACAGACCAGCCCUCAACAAAGGUCCAGUCAUUAAAUAUAACGCCAAUUUACGUUAUGCCACCACUUGUCCAACUUCAUUCGUCAUUUUAGAUAUCUGCAAAAAGAACAAUAUCCCAAUCCAAGAAUUCCUCGUUAAAAACGAUUCACCAUGUGGUUCAACUAUUGGUCCAAUUAUUUCAGGUACCUAUGGUAUUAAAACUGUCGAUAUUGGUAAUCCACAACUUUCAAUGCAUUCAAUUCGUGAAACCUGUGGUGUCGCUGAUAUUACCCAUGCUACCAAUUUAAUCCAUAAAUUCUUUGAACAAUUUACCCAAUUAAAUAAUGUCAAAUCUGAUUUAGAAUAA